AUGGCGUCUGCGAUGACCCUGUCCUUACCAUACGUCAAUGGAGCCAGCCGUGGCAUGAAGUACCCAAACAGGACCAUGGCCGAUUGGGGAAAUCCUUUACCUACACGAAAGAUCUCGCCUCACGAUGAUGUGCACUUUGAUUCAGCGUUGAAGCCUCGUGCUCAUCGCAUGGUUGAGACUCCAUCUACCUCCAAGAUAUUGUUUCUCAAUGUCCAAAUCAUAGAUUCCACCGGAACCGAACCGUACCAUGGCGAUGUCUACGUGCAAGGAGAGCGACUUCGCUAUGUCGGAAAUGUGCCAAACAUUGAGACCCUACGCAACGAUCCUACGGUUCGGGUGAUCCAGGGAAAUGGUCGAACCCUCAUGUCCGGUCUAGGCGAUGCGCACACUCAUUUCACGUGGAAUGAGACGGCUCUGGAUAACCUUGGUGCGAUUGGAGUGGAAGAACAUACCAUUAGCACUGCUCGGUCUGCAAUGGUUUACCUGGACUCUGGAUAUACCAUGUGCUACGGAGCAGCUUCAGCAAAGGAUCGCCUCGACUGCGUUGUCCGCGAUGCCAUCAACCACGGGAACAUCCCUGGUCCGCGUUAUCUCGCAAAUGGAAAGGAAAUUGCCCGUCGAGGAAAAGAGCUCAGCCCGGGGAUUACUGCAUAUGCUGAUGGACCGCUCGAGAUGCGAGAGGUUAUCCGGCAUCACGCUGCUCUGGGAGUUGACCAGGUAAAGCUGAGCAUGUCAGGUGAAGAGAUCCUUGAGGACAGGGCUGCGGAAGACAGCUACUUUAGUGAAGCAGAAACGGCGGCAUGUGUGGAUGAAGCACACCGUCUCGGUUUACGGGUCUGUUCGCAUGCCCGAGCUCGUGAUUCCAUUGCCCAAUGCGUACAACAUGGUGUCGAUGUCAUCUACCAUGCCAGCUACAUUGACGAAGCCACCAUGGAUGAAUUGGAAAAAAACAAGCAUCGCCAUGUCGUUGCCCCCGCCUUGAACUGGCUGUACGCAACCACGUACGAUGCAGGACCGUUUGGUUAUUCCUUUGACAAAGCUGAGCAAGAUGGGUACAAGAAAGAACUCGACGUUGCCAUCAAGGCUUGCAAGGAAAUGCAUCAAAGAGGAAUUACCGUCUUGCCGGGCGGUGAUUAUGGCUUUGCUUGGACACCCCAUGGCACAUACUCCAGAGACUUGGAGCACUUCGUCAAGCUGCUGGAUUUCACUCCAAUGGAGGCAAUCAUUUCAGCUACGGCUGGUGUUGCCAAACUAUUCAUGCAGGAUCAGGAACUUGGCAAAGUCCAGCCCGGCUACUAUGCGGACAUGAUCUUGGUGGACGGUGAUCCUCUGAAGGACAUCUCCGUUCUCCAAGACCUUAGCAAGCUCAAUGUCAUUAUGAUUAAUGGCAGAAUCCACAAGGCAUCACCACAAGAUUUUGAGCUUUCAAGACCUAUGCAAAUCGAGGAGCCCACAUGGCAACCCAGAAGCAAGUUCAGCAACUAUGUUUCUUAUCUUGAUGACCAGCACAACUCCCGCGUUGGCCAUUUGGAUCUGGACAGCUCCAUGGUUACUCCGCUGGCAAUGCUCUCUGGCGCGCCAGUUCACUCACUUUACCAGGUGAUUGAACUGGAAAACGCAGUUGUUCCGUGCGGUGAUUCUGUUCCUCUCGCUGGACUCACACUUCAGGCACCGCUGAGCGACCGUGAUAUUCUAGCUGUUGGCAAGAACUAUGUGGACCAUGCCGUUGAGUUCAACCGGAGUGGGUUUGACUCCAGUGAUAAGACUGACCAACCAACCCAUCCGGUUAUUUUCACCAAGCGGUCCACGAGUAUCAUUGCUUGUAAUGAAGACAUUUAUCCUCAUACGGAGUUCACGGAAACUCUGGACUAUGAAGGUGAAAUUGGUGUUAUCAUUGGGAAGCCUGGGUUUCGGAUUGACGAAAGGAACGCCAUGGACUAUGUAUGGGGUUAUACCAUUAUCAACGAUUUGACGGCUCGUGAACGACAAAGAGACCACAAACAGUUCUACCUUGGGAAGUCAGCAGACACAUUCUGUCCGAUGGGUCCGAUUGCUGUUCCGGCUGGUCAACUCCCGAAGAAGUUACGCGUGCAGACUUUUGUGAACGGUGAGAAGCGCCAGGACGCUACCACAGACGAUCUCAUCUUCUCUGUUGCGAAAUUGAUCUCCGUCAUAUCCAAUGGUGGCACGAUCAGACCUGGAGAUAUCAUUGCAACCGGCACUCCCGCUGGUGUGGGAAUUGGCAAGAACCCGGCCAGGUUUCUCAAACCGGGCGACAAGGUUGAGGUAUCUGUCACCGGGCUUGGUUCUCUUGAGAACCGCAUCGCGGAUCCGUCAUCAGACAAUGCCGUUGCUAAGCGUGUUCCUCUCGAGAGUCAUUUAGCGAGUCUCAACCUUGAACGCACAGUUGGUGGUUCGGGGCUGGUGUAUCUUGGUGGAAAGCAAGUGAACGUCCGUAGAAUUGGAACAGGACCGGACAUCGCUGUGUUCGUCCACGGACUUGGUGCUUCAAGUGAAUAUUACACGCCAAUCAUCAAAAGCGGAGGCUUCGAGGAUCACUACACGAGCUAUGUCUAUGAUCUUGAAGGACAUGGACUUUCAGCGACUAAUGUUGCCUCAAUUGUCACCGUUGAGAGUUUCGCUGACGACCUUGCCAAUGUGGUUGCAUUGACCGGAGCCAGCUCAGUCACUCUGUUCGCACAUUCACUGGGCUGCGUCAUUGCUAUGGCUUUUACGCUUCGCGAUACCAGCAAAGUCAAGAAGUUGGUUCUUAUGGGCCCACCGCCAUGUCCUCUCCCCGAAGCUGGCAAGAUCGCAAUGAGCAAGCGCGCCGCUGCCGUUCGUGCAACGGGCAUGAUGGCCUCGGGGACAGCGGAUGCCGUCAGCGAAGCCGGAACAUCCAGUGCCACAAAGGUCUAUCAGCCCGUUGCAUAUGCAGCAGUUCGCGCAUCGCUUCUUUCCACAAAUCCCGAGGGAUACGCCAAGGCCUGCACGGCAAUUGCGACAGCAUCCCCAAUGGAGGUUGAAAGGUUGACAAUGCCAGUUCUUCUGAUGACUGGCGAUGAAGACAAGACCUCGCCUGUGAACAUUGUGAGGAACCUCAACGAGCGUCUUCCCGAUUCCAGAAUGGAGGUUCUGCGAUGCACUGGCCACUGGCACGUGUACGAGAAUGCCGAGGAGGUUUCGCGUCUGAUACGAAGCAGCACGAAGUUCCUGGUCAAGCUUCUAGCUGCAGUCGUCCUCAUUGCCCUUGUCGUCCUGAUCACUCUUUUCGUUGAGGAGCUGCCGGUCCAAGAGUUGCGUGAGCCUGUACACCGUAUCCGCCAUGGCUACACCAUCAUGAUUCGAGGGAUCGAGUUCUUGCUUAAUGGGUAA